UAGUUGCGUGUAGAAACUGCGUGCAAAAGAUAAUUCGCUUAAAAAUAAUUUAUUAAAAGCAUAAAAUGCAGCAUAGAAACGCAUUUAAAGUGCCACAAAAGAAAUGUGAUAGCCACAUUAAAGAUAACACCCAUUGAAAACGUGAAAAUGCACAUGGAAAAAACGUGUGGUCAGCAACUUUGCUGCGACUGCAGCAGCGGAAAAUAAAUUACAUACUCACAUAACACACACACACACACACACACACCGCUGCAUAUGUAUACAUAAUAUGAAAUAUUAAAUUCUAGGAUUAAAAAGUGCAGCGAAAGCAGUCAUUGUUUACAACCUAAAACUUGGCCAAAUCAAAUAAAUGUAGAAACGCAAUUUCCCCAAAGGAAAAUUUAUAUGUGCCAAAAUAAAAACAGAAAUUCUCCAACCACCGCGCGUGUGUCUAGUUACGUAUACAUUUUGUGUUGUAAACAAGUUACAGCGAUAACGCAAUAACAAUGUCCAAAUACGAAUACAAGUUUUAUCUGGUGGGACAGCUUAUUCUAGGCUGCCACAUGCUGCUACUGGCCAGUGGCGCCAUCCUGCCCGAGGGGCACAACAUUAACUGCGAGCACUAUGACGAAAAGGAUUGCAAUACGUCCAAUGAUUGCGGCAUCACCAUCGAGCGCUGCCAAGUGGAGGCAGACAAAUUUCCCAGCUGCUACGUCUUGUGGAGCGCCGACGAUGUGACGGGCACCGAGAAAAUCAAAAUGAAGGGCUGUUUCACGGACAUGCAUGAGUGCAAUCAGACCGCGUGCAUUACCAGCACCCAGCCGCGACAGGGUAACAUACAUUUCUGCUGUUGCAAGGGCUCGAUGUGCAACACGCAGUACAAAUGGAUAGCGCCCACCACGGAGGCAACAACACAAGUGCCCAAGGAGAAGACACAGGACAACAAUAAUAUGACCUUUUAUAUUAUUUGCUCUUCGGCAUUUGCCAUCCUGGUCGUCUUACCCAUAUUUGUUUACGCAUUUUAUCGACGCCUCAAGCAGGUCCACUUCAAUGAGAUACCCAAGCACGAGGCAGAAAUCACAAAUGCGUCACCGCUGCUCAGCAACCGUCCCAUACAAUUGCUGGAGCAGAAGGCAAGCGGCCGAUUUGGCGAUGUCUGGCAGGCCAAGCUGCAUGGUCAGGAUGUGGCGGUGAAAAUCUUUCGCAUGCAGGAGAAGGAUUCCUGGACAACAGAGAAUGAGAUUUAUAAGCUGCCUCGCAUGCGGCAUCCAAACAUUUUAGAGUUUCUGGGCGUGGAGAAGCACUUGGAUAAGCCCGAGUAUUGGCUAAUAUCCACAUAUCAGCAUAAUGGUUCUCUUUGCGACUAUCUAAAGUCCCAUACGAUUACUUGGGUCGAAUUGUGCCGCAUUGCCGAGUCCAUGGCAUGUGGGCUGGCGCAUUUACACGAGGAGAUACUGGGCAGCAAAACGGAUGGCUUGAAACCAUCCAUAGCGCAUCGCGACUUUAAAUCGAAGAAUGUGCUUCUUAAGGCCGAUCUGACAGCCUGCAUAGCUGACUUUGGGCUGGCCAUGAUCUUUCAGCCGGGCAAGCCGUGCGGCGAUACGCAUGGCCAGGUGGGCACGCGUCGCUAUAUGGCGCCCGAGGUGCUCGAGGGUGCAAUUAAUUUCAAUCGCGAUGCCUUUUUGCGCAUCGAUGUCUAUGCUUGUGGACUGGUAUUGUGGGAGAUGGUCUCGCGCUGCGAUGUCGUCGGGCCCGUCGGCGAGUAUCAGCUGCCUUUCGAGGCGGAACUCGGGCAGCGUCCCACACUUGAUGAAGUGCAGGAAAGUGUCGUGAUGAAGAAAUUGCGUCCACAUUUGCUCAGCACCUGGCGUGCCCAUUUGGGCCUCAGCAUAUUUUGCGACACCAUGGAGGAGUGUUGGGAUCACGAUGCCGAGGCACGUCUCAGCUCCUCGUGUGUGAUGGAGCGCUUUGCACAACUCAACAAAUAUCCGACCACACAGUUGCUCAUCAAGAACCACACCAACAUUGAGGAUGCAAAGGAGACAACGAAUUGCUUAUAGAAGCGGUACUAAAUCACAGCCAACGUCCGUAGGCUGUGAUUCGAAAACCCCGAACGUCUCGCGUCUUCAUUUUUAAUUUUUAUAUUCAACAAUUUAGUUUUGCAUAAGUAUUGUGCAUAGGCAGCUUUUAUGUACACAUACACUUGAGCGAGCUGCCAUUUAUACAUAGAUACACACAAACACCCGGCGCCCGCCCGCCCCACUUAGACAUUAGCUUAGUUUAAGUUAAACAGAACAAAACGCGUUACUGGUGGGCUACCCUAGAGAUUAUUUGGAAUUUUUAAAAUGUAUCUUCGGACUGGGCAAUUUUGAAAAUGCAAAAUUCUCUAGACGCACGUUGCAUGCAUUACGUUUGUAGCUCAUCUCACAUUGACUUCAUCGACUGAUACCUAUAUACACAUACGUAAAUAUAAUUGUUUUUGUUUUUAGUUUGUCUAAUUAUUGCCCAGAAUUUUAAUUUUCUUAUAAACCUGUAAGCUGUUGAAUUCUUUGCCAAGCCCAGCCAUUGUGGUUGCUUUGCUUUUCAUUUAAGCCUAGACAAAACGUUUAAAAACCUAACACUUAAGCUUAAAGUUAUAAUUUUAAUUCUGUACACAUAUCGUUUAUUUUUGGUACAUUUUAUUUGAUUGUGCUUUAAUGUUGUAUUUUAAAUAAAUACUUUACACAUAUUUUUUUAU